AUGGAAUCUUCCAUACCAUUAGAGUCAAGGUGGGGCGGAACCCCCAAACCUCCACGGCAACGAGUCGUCACAACCUGCCUCACGUGUCGCCGUCGCAAGGUCAAAUGUGACCAUAAACAGCCAGUCUGCUCAACUUGCCAGAGAGGAAACCAUGUGUGUUUAUACGCAAAACCACAGCCUGGCCCCCCAGCUCAGCCUCGUGCUGCGACAGAUCGAGUGUCUCGGUCAAAUUGGCGGACUGGACAGAAUGAAAUCAAGAACCGUCUGGACAGGCUGGAGAAACUUCUCGAACGAGCAAUAGCUGGGAGCGAGGACAUCUCUCAGCCAUUGGAAGUGCAGAAUACUGUUUCAGAAACGACGAGUAGUGCUGACCAAAGGACUGGUGGUGGGUCAGUCACUCCCACCCGCGAGACACUUUCAGGUGAUGGGUAUGAUGGAGCUCUGCUUCUGGAGUCUGAAAGUGGCCAGUCUCGCUGGGUCUCAUCUCUCCACUACGCACUUUUAGCUGACGAGAUCCGCGAUGUUAAAAUGCUACUGAGCGAUCAGGCAAGUGAUUCAACUACAAGGAAAUUAUCUCCUGAGGAGUCAGACUCCCCGUUUCUGUUUUCUACCAGUUCAAUCGAAAACCUUGCACUGUGGCUACCAACGUCUGCAGAUGACUGUUUCGCAUUACUCGAGAUCUUCUAUUCGAAUGUUGAUCCAAUGACGCGGUUGAUUCAUAAGCCCUCUCUAGGGCAUCGUUUCACCAAAUACAUCCACCAAAUGUAUGACAAGAAGAGUCAAGAUACAACCGGACAGUCAGAUACUUCUCUAUCUACAUUCGAACCUUUGGCAUUGGCCAUUUUUUAUUCUGCCGUGAACAGCAUGUCUCCCGAGUCUACCAUGACUAAACUUGGCCUAGAGAAGGAGAUCGCCCUUUCCCAGUAUCGACGAGGGGUGGAACUCGGUUUAGGGAGGGAGGGCCUCUUGACGACGGCAAGUAUCGAAGUUCUUCAGGCAUUCGUACUACUUCUGUCCCGGGAAGAUGAUAUGUCAAAGACUUGGUCGCUUCUUGGCCUUGUUGUCAGGAUAGCCCUUUCACAGGGUCUUCAUCGGGAACCUUCUCUCUUCCCAUCGGAAAAUGUGGACGCUGUUCAGGUAGAGCUCCGUCGUCGACUAUGGCAUCAGAUAUGUUAUCUAGAUUUCAGGUCUGCUGAGAGUAAGGGGCAAGAGCCCACUAUAUCUGACGAUGACUUUACAACACUGCUACCCCGAAACGUCAAUGAUGAGGCUCUAGCUGCAGAGCUUCAGUCAUUAUUUAACGAGGUUCAAACCAUGGUAAAUGAAAUGACCGCAUAUCUCCAGACGCAAUAUCUCGAAUACUGCGAUCCUCGUAUACCCGAACAGCGUCUUGCCCUUGGCCUUGCUGAAAUGAUCGAAUGGAGAUGCUGGUCUGUAUUCUGGCUCCGCAUGCCAAAGCAGUAUCGUGAAGCUGUUGUGUCCCCGGAGAUCCGAACAAUGUGCGUUCUGAACUUGGAAAAUACCUGGUAUGAGGCUAACUUGAACAGGGUUAUGGAUAAAUCUGUCAGUCUAGUGGAGGGCAUGAAUCAAAUGCCAGAUAACAAAGAUGCCAAAAGAUUCCAGUGGCACAUAAGCGGCCAUGCAUGUUUCCAAGCCAUCAUGCAUGUCAUAUCAGAACUGAAAACACCCGAGUUUCAGAAAUCGAGCCAUAAUAUUCUUCGCUCUCGAGCAUUUUCUGCCUUACAACAGACGUUGGAAACAAGGAAGUUCGAAUCCAGUUCGACAUGGAAAGUUAUCUGGCGGGUUAUUGCGAAUUGUUUGGCGCAAAAUUCGCCAAACUGUUCUACCUUGACACAGACACAGGGCAUCAUUUCCCAGUCGUUAACCGAGAUGUGUACAACGGCGGCUUCUCAGCAAUCCCAGGCAAAUAACGAGGCGCCGUCUGCACUGGAAGACAUAGCUGAAUUGAUCCCGUUGCCUGACUCGGAAAGCUUGGAAGCUCUGAAUAUGCAGAAUCCCUCCAUGGGCUUCGACUGGGUGAGUUUAUCAUAUCUCAAUGAAAAAGCUUUCAUUGACACAAGUAGACAUUUUGGAAUUUCGACCUAA